CAUCACGUGGGAUAUAACAAACCAAAACGCAAAACUCAAUCCCCAAAACGACGUGUCCUGUAGUGAUCCAAAUCAUUCUGCAGCGAGACGACACCGUUUUACCUGACGUGGCGUCGUGGCCCACUCUCCUCCUACCUUUCUUCCAUCUUUUCGCUGGCGACCUACCCUCCGAACUUUCUGGUUAUCUGCUCGUCGUUCACAAAAACUUUCUGCGAGGAGAAUCCGAGAAAACUGUCACAUCGACCUUGUAUGAUUCUGUAUAGAAAAUAAUAUUUGCAUUUCGAGCAAUACCCAUGUCUGUUACCUCCACUUUCCCCAUCUUCGUCCUCUUCUUCUUCGUCCUCCUCUCACCGCUCUCCAGCUCUUCCACCUCAGCAAAUGAUGCACCGACGGCGUACGAAGCUCUCAGGAACUAUGACUUUCCCGUCGGACUCCUUCCGAAAGGGGUCUUGAAAUACGAGCUGGACAAAAGCACGGGCAAAUUCCGUGCCUAUCUGAACGGCUCUUGCAGCUUCGCUCUAGAGGGAUCGUACCAAUUGAAGUACAGAUCUACGGUCAGUGGGUAUAUCUCCAAUGACAGGCUUUGGAACUUGAGUGGGAUAAGCGUGAAGGUGCUGUUCUUGUGGCUGAAUAUCGUGGAGGUUGUCAGGGAUGGAGACGAACUCGAGUUCUCUGUUGGGAUCGCUUCCGCGAGCUUCCCGAUUAAUAAUUUCUACGAGUGCCCGCAGUGUGGAUGUGGCUUGGAUUGCGUUAAUGGGCAAGUAAGGAAGCUUAAAACAAACCCUUUGCUUUCUUCAUUUUAGGAGAAUUCAAUUUGUUCCUUGUUGAAGGGGAUGUUUUAAUGGAGUUUAAACGUCUGUACAUGUCUACUUUGAGAUGAAUCGUAAUGGGAUUUCUUAGUUAUUUAUCAUUGAA